GCUGCAGUGUCGCGAGUGUCUGCUGAGCAAGAGCUACCGAAGCCCCAGCAGAGUUGGCUUUGGUCUGUCGUCGGGAGAAGUUCUCGGGCUCCGACUCCCGCCGACCGACUGUAUCUGGGGAAGGUCUGCAACCGGAAGGACCAUGGAGGGGAGCCGCCAGCCCGAGAACUGCCCCGAGAGCGCCGUCCCGCCCGUGGCCACGCCCAGGGGAUGCCUCCGUCAGGUCUUCUACUCUGUGGUCGUGGCGAGCACAGCGCUGCACCUCGGCAUGGUCGCCGGGUGGUCGGGGAUUCUGAUGAAGCAGAAGGCCGACCCCGAAGCCGAGGUGGUCGUGUCCGAGAUGGAUGUCGUGUGGCUGGUGUCGUCGCUGGGCCUCGUGUGGAUGUUCUCGAGCUUCGUCUCGGGCCCCCUGAUGGAGCACCUGGGUCUCCGGCGCCUCCUGCUGCUAUCGCUCCUGCCGUCCGCUCUGUGCUGGCUCCUGCUGGCCUUCCCGCUGGCCACGUGGGUCGUGUACGUGGGCCGCGUGGGCACCUGCGCCACCGCUGGGAUCAUCAACACCAUCUUGCAGCCUCUCCUGGCCGAGCUGUGCCAACCUCGCUACCGCGGCUUCGCCCUCACCCUGCCGGAGAUCAUGGUGUCCGUCGGCCUCCUCUUCACCUACGCCCUCCCGAGGUUCCUCUCCUGGCAGGCGUCCGCGGCCCUCCUCGCCGCGCCCUUCCUGCCCAUGUUCCUCCUGAUGCUCCUCGUGCCGGAGUCGCCGUACUGGCUGCUGAAGCGGGACAAGAGAGACGAGGCAGAGAAGGUUCUCCUACGCCUCGACCCUUCCUGUGACGUCGUUGAGGAAAUAAUUGCCAUCAAAUCCUCGUGCGCCGACGACCCCACCUUCUUCGAACAGGUUCAGCAGCUGAAGAAGGGCCGCAACGCCCGUCCUGUACUCCUAGUUUUGUCCCAUUUCCUCCUGCGCGACCUCGGCGGCCCCAGCGUCGUCUUCAUGUACUCGGCCUAUAUGUUCGCGAUGGCCGGCGUGCAGCUGGACGCCUUCACGUGCUCCAUCCUGGUCGGCGCCGUGCGUCUGCUGGCAACCAUAGCGUCGGCCCUCGUGUCGGACCGCGUCGGCCGCCGCCCCAUGCUCCUCUGCACGGCCGUGCUCUGCGCGGCGGCUCAGGCAGUGGCCGGGGGCGCGCUCCUGCUGGGGAGGGACCCGACGCUGGGCGAAGGCGCGCUGCCUCUGAUCUCACUGGUUGCCGUGUUACUGUACACGGCGUUCUUCGGCGUGGGUCUGGGGCCCAUCCCGUGGGUGCUGGUCGGAGAGCUCCUGCCGACGGCCGUGCGCUCCCUCGGCGCCGCCAUCGUCAGCUCCGUGUUCGCCCUGACGGUGUUCGUGAUCAACUUCAUCUUCCCGAGCCUCAUCGCCCUCCUGUCCCUCGGCGGAACCUUCCUCCUGUUCGCCGCCGUCAACGCCUCGCUCGCCCUCGUCGUCCUCUUCUUCCUGCCGGAGACGAGCGGCCUCACCCUCAAGGAGGUGGAGCUGGCCUUCGCCUCCAAGCACCGCCUCGCCCGUGAGGGGGAGAAGGCGGGCGUGUGAAUGCGUUAAGGAUCUAUCGCGUGUUCAAUAAGUAAUCAGAGUACAAAUGACGUUUUGUUGGCAGCGAAACGCAUCGUCUGUUCAGAUCCGAUGGAAGUUUUAUUUGUAAAACCUGCUGAUGUUCACUGUUGGAAACGUAUUAUAUAUUCCGGUCAUUUAUAUUUUUACGCUUCGUGAAAAACACACACACA